AUCAUUCAUUCUCUGUUUCCGCUAGUAACUAUUGGUUGAACUCUUAUUCCUAGAUACUAAUUUACAUAGUACAUAUAUAUAUAUAUAUUAGUAAAAUUCUUUCCAGGGACAAAUUCGAGCACAAACUGCGAUGGUUGUCGGCAGUUCUUUUGCAAGAAACUUAAGUCUUCGAUCCAAUUUUCCAAAACAAUUUCAAAGGCUUCAUUUAUUCCACUCCCUCAGGGCUGCCGUCGACGACGAAUGGCGCGAAAGUUCAAAUUUUCAGAGUGCAGACAACCUGUUCGACGAAUGUCCUGGGAGGGAUGAUAAUGGCGUUUCUUAUUACAACCACUUGCUCUUCGAAUGUUCACGCAAUGGUCUGAAUCAGAAAGCACUAGAAGUCUACUCUUUCGCCAGCAGGACAGGUAUUUUAAUGGAUUCUUAUAGCAUUUCUUGUGUAAUGAAGGCUGCUUCGAGCUCGUGCAAUUACAUAUUUGGUCGCCAAUUACAUUGCCAAUCUGUUAAAAAUGGUUUCUUCGAGAAUGUCAGCGUCGGGACAUCACUUGUCGAUAUGUAUAUCAAGAACGAGAAUUUCGACGAUGGGAAGAAAGUUUUCGACGAAAUGGGGAAUAAAAAUGUUGUAACUUGGACAGCGAUGAUCGCCGGUUAUGCCAAAAAGGGUAUGAUUGAAAAUGUUAUAGAAGCCUUCAGUUCGAUGAAAGAUGAGGGGGUCAACCCGAGCCCGUACACGUACGCGACGAUUAUCGGAGCAUUAGCCGACGAGCGAGCUGCGUCGGCAGGAGCUCAAUUGCAUUGUACGAUGGUAAAAAAUGGGUUUGAUUCGAUUCGGGUCGUGGCGAACUCGUUGGUCAGUCUUUAUUCGAAAUCGCGGAUGAUCAGAGAGGCGAGCAUUGUGUUUGAUUUUACGGAGUUUAAGGACGCGGUUUCUUGGAACGGAAUGAUUUCUGGUCUUGUCGCAAAUGGGUUCGUCUCCGACGCGCUCGAUCUUUUCAAUAGGAUGAGUUUUUUGGGUGUAAAUUUCACCGAAACGACUUUCGUGACCAUUGCGAAGCUAUGCGCCGAUCUUAAAGGAUUGAGUCUCGCUCGGCAGAUGCAUUGCCGGAUUGUCAAGAGCGGGUUGGAAUGUUUCGAGAAUGUAAGAACGAGUCUUAUGGUGUGCUACACGAAAUGCGGCGAAAUCGAUUCGUCGAACAAGAUGUUCCCGGGUUCGGACACGGCUCGGAGCGUCGUUUCAUGGACAGCGACUAUUGGGGGAUACUUAAAAAGCGGUAAAACUGUAGAAUCGAUCGAUACGUUUCUCCAAAUGCGACGAGCAAACGUAAGACCGAACGAUUUCACUUAUUCGACGAUCCUUUCAUCUCUCCCGGAGGCUGCUCUGUUUCAGGUCCAUUCGGAAAUAAUCAAAUCGAACUACGACAAAGUUCCGUCGGUAGGAACCGCGCUGCUCGACGCAUAUAUCAAGAUCAGAAAGAUCGAAGAAGCUGAAAAGGUCUUCGAACAUAUCGAAAAAAAAGAUAUCGUCGCGUGGUCUGCGAUGUUAGUUGGAUACGCUCAAGAAGACGACAUCGAAGGUGCAGCGAAACUUUUCCGUCGAUUGAGCAAGGAAACCGUAGUCCCGAACGAGUUUACUUUCUCGGGUAUAAUCAACGCGUGCGCGACGUCGUCCGCAACUACUGAUCAGGGGAAACAGUUCCACACGAGCUCGAUCAAGUUCGGUCACAACAACGCGUUGAUGGUAAGCAGCGCGCUCGUGACAAUGUACGCGAAGAAAGGUGAUAUCGACGCGGCCGAUAAAGUCUUCACGAGGCAGCGCGAACGGGACUCAGUUUCUUGGAACUCGAUGAUCACCGGCUACGCGCAGCACGGCUACGGCGAAAAGGCGUUGAACGUGUUCAACGAAAUGCGACGAAAAAAGUUGGAGAUGGACGAGAUUACGUUCAUCGGCGUCAUCUCCGCGUGCACGCAUUCGGGGCUGGUGAAAGACGGCGAACGUUAUUUCGACAUGAUGGCGAACAGCCUUCGGAUUUCUCCGACGAUGGAGAUCUAUUCGUGCAUGGUCGAUCUAUACGGCCGGGCCGGGAUGCUCGAUAAAGCGGUGGGUCUAAUCGACCGGAUGCCGUUCCCCGCCGGUGCGACGAUUUGGCGAACACUUUUAGCUGCGUCGCGGGUUCAUCGAAACAUCGAGACGGGGAAACUCGCAGCCGAGAAGCUCAUUUCGUGCGAGCCACGCGACUCGUCGGGGUACGUAUUGUUGGCGAAUUUGUACGCGGCAUCGGGGCGUUGGCAAGAUCGGACGAGAGUUCGGCGAUUGAUGGACGAGAGGAAGGUGAGGAAGGCGACGGGAUACAGUUGGAUCGAAGUGAAGAACAAGACGUACGCAUUCGUCGCCGGCGACGUUUCACUUCCCCGUCGUUUAUCGGACGAGGUUUACGCGAAGCUCGGGGAAUUGAGCGGGCGGGUGAGGGAUGCCGGGUAUCAGGCGGACACGAACGACGUGCUGCACGACAUAGAGGAGGAGCAGAAAGAAGGCAUCCUUUGGCGGCACAGCGAGCGGCUGGCGAUCGCGUUCGGGCUGAUUUCGACGACGGCGCGGGAGAUUCCAAUUCGGGUGAUAAAGAACCUUCGGGUUUGCGGGGACUGCCAUGGCGUGAUCAAGCUUAUAUCGAAACUUGAAGGGAGGGAGAUUGUGGUGAGGGACUCUAAUCGGUUUCAUCAUUUUAAGGAUGGUUUGUGUUCUUGUAGGGAUUUCUGGUGAAGUUUUGUAAGAUCGAAGUAAUUUUGUAAAA